AUGGAUGAGUGGGAAGAAGAGGAAACUACUACUGCUGGUACUACCACAAUAGCCAGCCACAUCUUAAGUGAAGGUACACAAGAAGACUCCUGGAGUACUGAGAGUGGUGACUUUUGAAGAGGUCAUGGUGGAAAAGGUGGUGGAGAAGGAUUUAAAAGCUUGUUCUCUUCAGAUGGGGACAACUGGAACAGCACAAGAGGAGAAAGAGGUGGUUUCAGAGGUAGAGGAGGGCGGGGCAGAGGAUUUGACACAAUGGAACGCCGUGAAUUCAAUGGAAAUGACAAUGGAGAACCUGAAAAUAGGUUUAGGGGACGAAGCCUAAGAGGAAGAGGCAGCAGAGGAGGAGGUGGUUUCAGACCAGGCGAUUGUGGAAAAGAUGACAUCUCUGCUCAAUGGGAAGAUAAAGAAAAUAAAGAAGCAAGAGACGGUGACAAACCAAGGGUCACAUAUGUUCCCCCAACCCUCCCCGAAGAUGAAGACACCAUUUUUGCCCACUAUGAGACAGGCAUCAACUUUGACAAGUAUGAUGACAUCAUGGUGGACGUCAGUGGAACCAAUCCACCGCAGGCAAUUAUGACUUUUGAUGAGGCAGCAUUGUGUGAGUCCCUGAGAAAAAACAUCAACAAGUCUGGUUACACGAAGCCGACCCCUGUGCAGAAGCAUGGCAUCCCAAUCAUUGCUGCUGGCAGAGAUCUCAUGGCCUGUGCCCAGACUGGAUCUGGUAAAACGGCUGCAUUCUUGCUCCCUAUUCUGCAGCAACUGAUGGCGGAUGGUGUGGCAGCCAGCUCCUUCAGUGAGCUCCAGGAGCCUGAAGUCAUCAUCGUUGCCCCAACCAGGGAGCUCAUCAACCAGAUUUACCUGGAGGCCCGAAAGUUCGCCUUUGGGACAUGUGUGCGUCCAGUAGUGGUUUAUGGCGGAGUCAGCACUGGACACCAAAUAAGAGAAAUCUCGAGGGGAUGCAGUGUGCUGUGUGGAACACCAGGGCGAAUGCUGGAUAUGAUUGGAAGAGGAAAGGUUGGGCUGAGUAAGCUGCGGUAUUUUGUGCUUGAUGAGGCUGACCGGAUGUUGGACAUGGGUUUUGAGCCUGACAUGCGCCGCUUGGUGGGCUCUCCAGGAAUGCCAUCCAAAAAUAACCGUCAGACUCUGAUGUUCAGUGCCACCUACCCUGAGGACAUCCAGAGGCUGGCGGCUGACUUCCUCAAGACCGACUAUUUGUUCUUGGCUGUGGGUGUGGUGGGUGGAGCCUGCAGUGAUGUGGAGCAGACAUUUGUCCAAGUCACCAAGUUCUCCAAGAGGGAGCAGCUCCUUGACCUCCUCAAGACAACUGGUAAUGAGCGCACCAUGGUGUUUGUCGAGACCAAGAGACAAGCUGAUUUUAUUGCUACUUAUUUGUGCCAGGAAAAGGUUCCAACUACCAGCAUUCAUGGUGACCGGGAGCAGCGGGAGCGAGAGCAGGCUCUGGCAGACUUCCGCUCUGGCAAAUGUCCGGUCCUGGUGGCAACCUCAGUAGCUGCCCGUGGUUUGGAUAUUCCAGAUGUACAGCAUGUGGUGAACUUUGACCUCCCCAACAACAUUGAUGAGUAUGUCCAUCGUAUUGGGAGAACUGGCCGUUGUGGUAACAUUGGGAGGGCGGUGUCUUUCUAUGAUCCUGACGCUGAUGGCCAGUUGGCUCGCUCCCUGGUUACAGUCCUGUCCAAGGCCCAGCAGGAAGUGCCCUCAUGGUUAGAGGAGUCUGCAUUCAGCAGCCAUGAUACCAUGGGCUUCAAUCCCCCCAGGAAGAACUUUGCCUCCUCAGAUUCCAGGAAGGGAGGAUUUUCCCAAGACAACGGUGUGAAAACCCAGCCGACUGCUCAGGCUGCAGCAGAUGAUGAAGAAUGGGAAUAG